UGUUCUGCCUGUUUAGUGUCCAUGUUCACUAUGAGUCCUGGGAGACGCCACAGACUGGCUGCAGUGUGCCUGGCGCUUCUUGCUGCUGUUCUUCUGAUACUGAAUAUUGGCCUGAGGAUCCACUAUAACAAACUCACAGAUUCUCACCUCUCGCUCGAUGAUACCGAACGCAUCAGCAAAGAGCUGGUCGACCUCCAGGACACUUACAAGACUGCAGUGGAAACCAGGAAGGAUGCCAGGAAGCAGCUGGACAGCGAGAUGAGCCGUCAGACACAAACCAACUGGGAGCUUGAACACCAGACGAAACGAAGCAAUGACUAUAAAAGUCAGAUUGAAAAAGUUACAAAGGAAAUUGAAACCAUGAAAACACGCUUAUCAAUGCUUAGCGAUGGCUGCAAACACUGUCCUGCAGGAUGGAUUUUAAUGAACUCUGUAUGUUACUACUUCCCCUUGAAAUCAAAUGAAUUCAAAACAUGGAAGGAAUCCAGAGAUUUCUGUCAGCUGCAGGGAGGAGAUCUUAUAAUCAUAGACAGCCAAGAUGAAGAGAACUCAACAGUUAAUUACUUGAUAAAUCAUCAAGCUGCCCCGAGACAAACUCGUGACCUGGUCUGGGAGUCUCACCUUCCUCACCGUGUGAGACCUUGGAUGCCUCACAGAGACCCUGAGUUUCUAGAUUGGAUAAGCAGAAGAAUAAAUCAUCAAGAUACGCCUCAUCCCCCAAUGGGCUUCUGGAUCGGACUGAGAGACGUCCAUGAGGAAGGGACUUGGAAAUGGUGGGAUGGAACAUUACUUGCUGAAGGUGUUUGAAAACUUUGUCAUCGCCGGCGUGCUUUGUACCUCAGGCUCAUCAGAGACAAUCGUAUCCAGCAUUUUAUCAAACUGUUGUCUGCUACAGAGUUAAAAGUAUUGUACUAGUAGUAAUAUAGCAUCCACCAUCUCCUGCUUGCAUAUUUCUGAAAACAUUUUAGUGGUGUGGCAGCCAUGGGUUGAACCA